ACUCCCAGAUUGGUUCUUGUUGUGCUGAGAUGCAUAGUGAAAGUCAUGUUGGUAAUUUGUAUGAACUACCCAGGUAAUCAGUGAUACCAACUACUAAUGUCCUUUCCGGUUGUUAUUCUGCUGUAAGAAGAAUAAACAUGGGACGGUAUUCUCAUGAACCAGAUAAUGCUACUAAAUCGUGUAAGGCCCGUGGAUCAAAUCUCCGGGUACAUUUCAAGAAUACCAGGGAAACAGCAAUGACCCUGAGGAGAAUGGCUUUGAGGCGUGCAGUACGGUAUUUGAAGAAUGUUAUUGAUCAUAAAGAGUGUGUUCCAUUUCGACGAUUCAAUGGUGGUGUUGGACGCUGUGCUCAGGCCAAGCAGUGGAAAACAACACAAGGUCGAUGGCCAAAGAAAUCUGCAGAAUUCUUGCUGCAGCUGCUAAAGAAUGCAGAAUCAAAUGCAGACUACAAGGGUUUAGAUGUUGAUCGCCUGGUUAUUGAUCAUAUUCAAGUGAAUCGGGCACCGUGUCUCAGAAGGAGGACUUACAGAGCCCAUGGAAGAAUCAAUCCAUACAUGAGCUCCCCAUGUCACAUUGAAGUAGUUUUGACUGAAAAGGAAGAAGUGGUUGCAAAAGCCACAGAGGAGGAGCCAACUAAGAAGAAAGUGUCAAAGAAGAAGCUGGCUCGCCAGAAGGAAAAGAUGAUGAGGGAUUAGAGAUAAAAAUCUGGAAACUUGUUGGAGUGCUGAAAUUUCAAAUAAAUGUCAAUAAAAGCUAUAUAAAAAUUA